AUGCAACACGCCCCGCAGCCAUCGCCCAUGGAUAUGGACAAGAACGAUAACGGCAGUGGCAAGGGAGACGAUGGUAAAAGUGGAUCAGACGGCAAGGACUCUGGAUCAGGAUCAGGAUCAGGAUCGGGAUCUUCGUCGUCUGGAUCAGAAGGAGGCAGCGCUGGAUCAGGAUCUAGCGGUAGUGGCAGCGGGCGCGGCCGCGUGGCAAAAUUCACGUUUGAUGUGGGCUCAGGAGGUCCCUCAACCAACAUUCUCGAGAACGGACUGUCAAAACCAGCGAUCCCAGAGGUCUAUCCACAGGUUUUGACGCUGCCGAUCGGUCGUCGACCGCUCUUUCCGGGAUUCUAUAAGGCGGUCGUGAUCAAGAACCCAGCGGUGGCGAAUGCGAUCAAGGAGCUGAUGAAGCGCGGUCAGCCAUAUGUAGGCGCAUUCUUGUUGAAGGAUGAGGAGCUUGAUAUCGAUACAGUCACCAACAUGAAUCAGAUUCAUCCCGUCGGUGUCUUUGCCCAGAUCACGACUGUCUUCCCUGCGAGCGCUGGUAGCGAUGAGGGCUCUAUCACAGCUGUGCUGUACCCUCACAGGAGAAUCAAGAUCAAAGAAUUGCUCCCACCUCUGAUUUUAUCUGAUGGAUCGGAAGCCCCUCGUGAGGGUCUGCUGGUCAAGGAGGCCGGAGAGGAAGGUGGGGAGAAAGUACAGGCGGUCACAAUCAAGGUCGGUGAGGAAGGAUCGACAGCCUCGACAGAGGCGACUUCAACUGCGAUCGACAACACAACCACGGGAGCAGAGACAAGCACAGCAAUCGAGGGUAGUACCGUUGAUGAAGCUUCAUCUUCGACCACGAUUACCAAGGACGCGCACCACUUGCCGACCGCAUUCUUGGCAAAGGAGUAUGCGGUGACGUUGGCGAAUGUCGAGAACAUGGUUGACGAGCCCUACAACCGCAAGAACCAGGUCAUCCGUGCUAUCACAUCCGAGAUCGUGGCGGUUUUCAAGGAUAUUGCAUCGCUGAACCCACUUUUCCGCGACCAGAUCGCCAAUUUUUCGAUGUCGCAAUCUGCAGGCAACGUCUUUGAGGAACCCGCCAAGCUUGCUGAUUUUGCCACCGCAGUCUCGCAAGGUGAUCCUGAGGAGCUGCAGUCCGUUCUGGAGUCGCUUUCGAUCGAGGACAGAAUGCAAAAAGCGUUGUUGGUGUUGAAGAAGGAGUUGAUGAAUGCCCAGCUUCAGAGCAAAAUCAGCAAGGAUGUCGAGAACAAGAUCGCUAAGCGUCAGCGGGAGUAUUAUCUGAUGGAGCAGCUCAAGGGUAUCAAGAAGGAGCUGGGCAUCGAGUCGGAUGGCAAAGACAAGCUAAUUGAGAAGUUCAGGGAAAAGGGCAUCAAGUUGGCGAUGCCUGAGCAGGUCAAGAAGGUGUUUGACGAGGAGAUUACAAAACUGGAGCAUUUGGAGCCAGCGGCAUCAGAGUUCAACGUGACAAGAAAUUAUCUGGAUUGGCUGACGAACGUGCCUUGGGGCGUGCGCUCCCCCGAGAACUAUGACAUUCGCCAUGCCACGCGUGUGCUUGAUGAGGACCAUUAUGGACUGAAGGACGUCAAGGACCGUAUCCUCGAGUUCAUUGCAGUUGGACGUCUUCGCGGUACUGUCGAAGGCAAGAUCAUCUGUCUUGCUGGACCACCAGGUGUGGGAAAGACCUCUAUCGGCAAAUCGAUUGCCCGCGCAUUGGAUCGCGAGUUCUACAGAUUCAGUGUUGGAGGCUUGACCGAUGUGGCCGAGAUCAAGGGUCAUCGUCGAACCUAUGUCGGAGCCAUGCCUGGAAAGGUCGUUCAAGCCCUGAAGCGUGUUCAGACCGAGAACCCACUCAUAUUGAUUGACGAAGUGGAUAAGGUCGGUCGUGGACAUCAAGGAGACCCAGCAUCAGCGCUUUUGGAGUUGCUGGAUCCUGAACAGAACGGCUCAUUCCUGGAUCACUACAUGGAUGUGCCGAUCGAUCUUUCCAAGGUCCUCUUUGUCUGCACAGCCAACGUUCUCGAUACGAUUCCCGGCCCUCUCCUGGAUCGUAUGGAAGUCAUUCAGCUCUCGGGAUACAUCUCUGACGAAAAGGUGGCGAUUGCUUCCCGCUACCUGGCUCCAACUGCCAAAGCUGCUGCUGGAUUGGAGGGCGCCAACGUAACGCUGCAUGACAACGCAAUUGAGACCCUAAUCAAGAACUACUGCAGAGAGUCUGGAGUCCGAAACUUAAAGAAGCAGAUCGACAAGGUAUUCCGAAAGGCUGCGCUCAAGAUUGUUCAGGAGUUACCGGACGUUGAACGUGUUGAGCCAAAGAAGGAUAAGGCUGCUAAGAUCAAUGAGCAAUCUGAGAAGGAUGGCAAGGACACGAAGGCCAAGAGUAAAAGCACCGACAAGGAGGAGGAGAAGCAGCCCAAACUCAAGAUCCCAUCCAGCGUCAAUGUCGACAUUACAGCAGAGAACCUCAAGGACUACGUUGGACCUGCAGUCUUCCAGGCCGACCGACUUUACGACAACACUCCUGCUGGUGUCGUUAUGGGACUCGCCUGGACGUCCAUGGGUGGAUCUGCUCUUUAUAUCGAGUCUUGUCUGGAUGGAGGACUUUCUGAAAAGUCUCGGCCUAAUUUCUUAAGAACAGGCCAGAUGGGCGACGUGAUGAAGGAAUCGACAUCAAUCGCCUACACGUUCGCCAAGAACUUGAUCGGCCGUCGGUUCCCUGAAAACCGGUUCUUUAACAAGGCGGCGAUCCACCUACAUGUGCCCGAGGGAGCAACGCCCAAGGAUGGACCUUCUGCAGGUAUUACGAUGACGACGUCGUUGUUGUCGCUGGCGCUCAACAAGCCCUUGGAUCCGACGAUUGCCAUGACAGGAGAGCUGACGCUGACGGGCAAGGUGCUCAAGAUUGGAGGAUUGAAGGAGAAGACGAUUGCGGCGAAGCGGUCGGGCGUGAAGACAUUGAUCUUCCCUCAGGCGAACUUGCCGGAUUGGGAGGAGCUGCCCGAGAAUGUGAAGGAGGCAUGGUACGAGGAUGUGUACAAGGUUGUGUUUGGGGACUCGGUUUCGGAGGAAGAGGGUAACGCAGUGUGGCAGAAGGAAUUGCCCGGCGGCGAGGAGGCCGAGGAUGAGCCUGAUAACCGGGAACCGAGGAGGGAUGAGACCCACAAGAAGAAAUCGAAGAAGGAACCUGUUGAGGCGGAGUCAGGUAUCAGCUGGAAGUCGAUGUUGAAGUGGUAG